CAAAGUGUAGUCGUAUUUGCAAAUACGUUUUAAAUCUCACCAGGAUUGGUCUCACUGUCACCCACGAGCUGUAAAUUCAUUUUUUCGUUAUUUUAUUUUAUUUAAGCUGAAUGGCAGCCAAGAAACCGAAGAUGACCGUCGUAAAGAAAGAUGACCCUGGGACUACCACCUGCUCCUACUGGGUGCCACGCAAGAAGCGCCGCUGCAAGAUGACUGCCAACAAGGGCAGCCCCUUCUGCGGCGCCCAUGCCCCGCCCACCAUCUCGCCCUCGAGUCCGGAUGAAAAAUCUGUGGACGAUGCCUUCCAGGAUCGAAUUCCCUGUCCCCUGGAUCCCAAACACACCGUCUUUAAACGAAAGCUAGCUAAGCACUUAACCAUCUGCAAUGCAAGGGAUCAGGAAAGUUCACUGCCCUACAUCGUCAAAGGAAUAAACUCAGGGGAGUAUUCGGAGGAACAACACGAGGAACUGGAUAAACUCAACCAAAUUAAGCUGCACGAGCUGCCGGACGAAGAAUUCUACGGAUUGAUAGACAAAGUAAAAGAACUGUACGAUAAGCACAUCAAUUCCAGCAUACAGACACUGCAGUUGGAACACGCAUCCCUGAAGGAAGAACUGAAUAGAAAGGACUACGGCCAGGAAACGCUGCGACAGCUCACACAAGCCUCCAGCUUGCUGGCCAUCUUAGAAAGGGAUCAGCAGCUCACGGAUCACACCAGCUUCGUGGAAUUUGGAGCUGGAAAAGGACAAUUAGCAUAUUAUUUGGCCACCGUUUUGGAAAAUCAGCAAUUGAAUAGCUCACAAGUGAUCCUUAUCGACAGGCUGUCCCUUCGCCACAAGAAGGACAACAAGGUGGCCAACAAGGAGCUGGUGCAUCGUAUUCGAGCGGAUAUUGCCGAUCUGAAGCUUUCCGCUUUGCCUGAGCUGAAGAAAACCCAACGAACUGUGGCACUAUCGAAGCAUCUCUGCGGAGCGGCGACGGAUUUAACAUUGAGAUGUAUACUGGGGGAUGAAGGUGCCUCCACGGACUAUGUGCUCAUUGCCUUAUGCUGCCAUCAUCGCUGUUCCUGGCUCUCCUAUGUUGGACGUUCCUUUCUGCAGGAAUCCGGCAUUGGACCACGAGAGUUUUCUAUUCUAACCAAAAUGGUCAGUUGGGCGGUUUGCGGUACGGGAUUGAGCCGAGAGCGGCGCAAGGCCUUAGAAGCAGCGGACGAUCAGCCGGUAGAGACAAACACCCAGCGACUAAGUCGCGAGGAGCGGGAAAAGAUUGGUCAACAGUGUAAGCGGCUGUUGGAUUACGGACGACUAGAGCAUUUGCGAUCCCACGGAUACCAAGCCGAACUCAAGUUCUACGUUUCGAGGGAUGUAACUUUGGAGAAUGUGGUCCUGCUGGCCAGACCUUGUACCUCUAAAAGUAAUUGCCAAAAUAAAUGCAGUUGACCAUAGUUAAAAAUAACGUUUUCUUUUACUCCGAAUGAUUAAAUAAAAACUGUAUCUUGACAUUCGGGACUUUGUAGGGCCUUUUAUAAAACUUAAAGGGUACUCUAAAAAGAACUGUGCUUAUAUAU